AUGGCUCUUUGGCAAGUUAUUGGAGGCGGCAGUACAGGUGGCCUCCUAGUUCGCGCAGGGCCGCACUUAGACUCAGAGGCAGAGCCGACACGUCUGCCACAUGGCGCGGUGGUCGUGGAGCUCCAGAAGACCUCGACACGUUUGCACUUUCGGCGCCUGGACGGCUCGCUGGAGGGCUGGGUGAGCCUGUCUUUGAAGGGUCGCCCCUUGCUGCGGCCAGUGAUACUGGCCAGCAGGCAGCACUUGGAAGACCUUUGCCAGGAGAAUGGAAUUCAGCCACUGCGCUCCACAGACCUUGAGCUGUACUGCCUGUUGACUGAGCUGGGUGUGGAGGUGCCUAUGGCUCCGCAUGCGGAAGUCGCGCUGCAGCCGGCAGUGAUGGAAUCAGCGCCGGUGGGCCGCGCCACAGGGCCGACUGGCGCUCCUGGUGCUGCUGGUGCUGGCGCUUGGACGGGGGACGUGGAGGUGUUUGAUGCCUACCAGACGGAUCCGUACCAGAUCUUCGGCAUCCCCUACGAUGCGACGGACGCGGCCAUCAAGUCCGCCUACCGGAAGCUGUCCCUGAAGGUCCAUCCAGACCGCUGCCCAGGACAGGAGCAGGGCACUUGA